AUGUCUUCUAGUUCCUUUUAUGCUGCGGCUGAUGAUCUUUCGGGUGGGGUUACUGGUAUUACUCAAGAGGUUGCUGAUGGUUAUGUGGGUUGUGCCAAGGGGGACGAUGAUAACCUUUCAGAGGUGGAUGAUGAUGCUCAAAUUGUUGUAGAAUGUAGUGCUAUUGAUAAUGUGAGUCGUGACUGUGAAGGGUGGCCUAAAGACUUCUUCUAUAUGUACUCUUGUCUUGUUAAAGACUUGCAUGCAUGA